CAUAAUUUCAUAGUUGGCAGGGUCAGAAGGGACCUGAGCAGAUCAUCGAGUCCAACCCCCUGCCAUGGCAGGAAAGUACUGGGGUCAAACAACCCCGGCGAGGUGUUCAUCCAGCCUUCUCUUAAAGACCCCCAGCAUAGGAGCCAGCACCACCUCUCUUGGAAGUUGGUUCCAGAUCCUAGCUGCCCUGACAGUGAAGUAGCGCCUCCUGACAUCUAGCCUAAAUCUACCCUCUGCCAGCUUGUGAACAUUAUUUCUUGUCACUCCUGGUAGUGCUCAGGGGAACAGGGACUCCCCCAAUGCCUGAUGGUCCCCUCUGGCCAGUUUGUAAACAGCCACUAGAUCCCCCCUCAGCCUUCUCUUGUGGAGGCUGAACAGGUUCAGGUCCCUUAACCUCUCCUUGUAGGGCCUGCCCUGCUAACUCCUGAUCAUGCGGGUGGCCCUCCUCUGGACCCUCUCCAUGUUCUCCACAUCCCUCCUGAAGUGCGGUGGCCAGAACUGGACACAGUACUCCAACUGCGGCCUGACCAGUGUGGCAUAGACAGGAAGGAUCACCUCCUUGGACCUGCUUAAGAUGCACCUGUGGAUGCAUGACAAGGUAUGGUUGGCCUUCCUGACCACUUCCUCACACUAUCGGCUCAUGUUCAUUUUGGCAUCAAUAAUGACUCCAAGAUCCUUUUCUGCCUCUGCACUGACAAGAAGGGAGUUCCCCAGCCUGUAGGUAUGCUGCUGGUUCUUCCUCCCCAGGUGCAGUACCCUGCACUUGUCAGUGUUAAAACCCAUCCUCUUCUCAUCUGCCCAUCCUGUAACCUGUCCAGGUCCAAUUGAAGCCUAUUCCUCCCUUUUAGCAUGCCCACUUCUCCCCACAUCUUAGUGUCAUCUGCAAAUUUGAACAGGGUGCUUUUUACCCCGUCCAAGUCGCUGAUGAAGAUGUUGAAUAGUGUAGGCCCGAGGACUGAGCCCUGCAGAAUCCCACUGCUCACAUCCCUCCAGGUCGAAUAUGACCCAUCCACCACCACUCUCUGGGUGCGGCCCUCCAGCCAGUUAGUGAUCCAUUUGACUGUAGGUGUUGAUGCCAUAGUCCCCUAGUUUUUUAAUGAGAAUGGGGUGAGACACAGUGUUGAAGGCCUUCCUAAAGUCCAGAAAGACUACGUCCACUGCUACACCUGCAUCUAAGGAUUUUGUGACCUGGUCAUAGAAGGCCACCAGGUUGGUCUGACAGGACCUGCCUCUAAUGAACCCAUGUUGGUCGCCCCUAAGCAUAAUCUCCCCUGCUGGCCCCUCGCAGACAUGCACCAGGAUAACUCCCAAAAAGCUUACCCAGGACUAAGGUAAGACUGACUGGCCUAUAGUUUUCUGGGUCCUCCUUCCUCCCUUUUUUGAAAAUGGGAACCACAUUGGCCCUUUUCCAGUCCUCUGGCACCACGCCAGAGCACCAUGAUCGCUCAUGAAGCAGUGCCAGGGGUCCUGCAAUGACCUCUACUAAUUCCCUCAGCACUCUGGUGUGGAGAUCGUCAGGACCUGCUGAUUUAAAUAUGCCCCAUCCCUCCAAAAGUUCCCUGACUAGGUCCUCACUGACCCUAGGCCUGGGUGUGCCUCCCCUGGGACCUAUGGGGUCCCGGUGUGGGGGGUGACCCAUUGCCUGCUCAGAAAAAUGGAGGCAAAAAAUUGUUAAAUAAGUUAGCUUUGCUGUCUGGUGCGAUGACCAGAUUUCUUAGCGUGUCCUGCAGAGGCCCCACAUUACCUGGUACCUUCUUUUUACCCCCUAUGUAUUUAAAAAAGGACUUCUUGUUGUCCUUGAUCCGGGUAGCUAGUCCCAGUUCCAUCUCUGCCUUGGCCUUCCUGACCGCUCCCCUACAGCCCCAAACAACCAAGGUAUAGUCCUCCCUGGUGAUGGCCGCUCCCUUCCAUUGGGCAUACGCCUCCUUCUUAGCUAGGAGACGUUCCCGGAUGCUUUUGGUGAGCCAUGGGAGCUUUUGCGCCCUCUUGCCCCCUUUGAUUCACGUUGGGAUUACCACCCUUUCGGCUUGGAGGAUUGUCUCCUUAAGGAACGACCACUCUUCCUGGGCACCUGACUCCCCUCCCCUCCCCUCUGGGACCUCAGUGCCUCCCCGACUAUUCUCCUUACCUCAUUGAAAUCCGCCCUCCUGAAGUCCAGGGCUGAUGCCUUGCUGCAGGCCUUUGCCACCUUGCGCUGGAUGGUGAAUUCCAGCAGGCAAUGAUCACUGUCGCCCAGGUGGUUGAGCACCUGCAGACCCCUCACCAGGUUGUUGCCCGUGGCCAGGACCAGAUCCAAGGUCAUCUCCCCUGGUGGGGCUGUGCACCUCCUGGGUUAGAUGGAGGUCCUGUAUCUUGGCUAGGAGCCUACAUGAGCGAUCAGACCUGGCUGACUGCUCUUCCCAGCAGACGUCUGGAAAGUUCAGGUCACCCAUGAUGACCAUGUCCUUUGACCUAACUACCUCCGUGAGCUGCCUUAAGAAUUCCUGGUCUAGCUCUUCCCCUUGGUUAGGUGAUCUGUAGUAGACCCCCCACUGUUAAGUCCCUUUCCCCUCGACUUCCUUGUAUUCUAACCUAGAACGCUUCAGUGUGCCCCUCCUCUGACCCAGUGCCACUCGCUGAGGAUGUGUAUUUCUCCUUGACGUACAGCGCCACACCCCCACCUCUCCUUCCUUUCUAUCCCGCCUGUACAGACUAUAGCCCUUGAUAUUCACUGCCCAGUUGUGCAUUGGGUCCCACCACAUUUCGGUGAGCACCACUUUGUCUGGGUUGGUGUUAGCUAGUAGGAGUGUGAGUUUCUCCUGCUUGUUCCCCAUACUACGAGCAUUAGUGUAGAGGCAUUUGAGGCCUCCUGAAGAUGCAUGCACUGGCCCCCUAAUCUCAGUACUACCUGGGCCCCUGUUGCUUACCUGGGUAUUUAUUCUGCUCAUCAUCAGUCUAGGCUGGGCUGUUCUUGUGGGUGAAGCUUGGUUUAGUGGUCCAAGGCUUCCUCCGCCCUCAUCUUCCCCUUCCCCCAGUGAGCCUAGUUUAAAGCCUGCUGGAGGAGAUCAGCCAACCUAGAAGAGAACACACGCUUACCUUUGGGGGAAAGGUGAAACCCAUCUCACCCGAGCAUGUCUCUUGUCCUGAUGUGUGGGUCGUUGUCUAGGAAGCCAAAGCCCGCCUCGAGAUACCAUUCCCAAAACCGCAAGUUGACCUCUCUGAUGCAGGUCUCAUGUUGUCUUCCACGUCCGCUCACUGGUAGGACAGAAGAGAAUACAACCUGUGUCCCUAUCACCUUCAGCAUGCCCCCCAGAGCAUGGUAGUCCAUCAUCAGGUGAUCAUGGCUUCUCCUGGCUGCAUCAUUAGUGCCCACAUGUAUUAGGACCAUGGGGUAGUAAUCGGUGGGCUGGGUAAUGGCCUGGAUCAUCCCCAUCACAUCCUGAAUCUUUGCUCCGGGCAGGCAGUAGACCUCGCAUAUUGAGGGGUCCUGGCAACAGAUGGGACCCUCUGUAGCUCUCAGGAUGGAGUCGCCUAUGACAAUCACUUGACGUUUCUUGAAUAUCUAUUUUCAUCAUCCCAUACUUUUUCCAGAUCUAAAGCUAUUUAUCUGAAUCUCUCUGAGUGCAGGUAUGAUGGGAUCCACAUCCAGACCAAAGCGGUUUUGCAGUCUUUAAAGCCAGUCCUGUUUUUGCCCAUCUGUGGUUGCUUGUGCUUAGGACAAGUAAGCAGUGAAAUGAUGUUUAAAUUCAGUGCCUUCACAAUCUGGUCUCUGUGCUUCCUAGCAUCCUGCAAGUAGGCCAGCAGGUGUUUUCCUAGUUCAUUCCCAUAAUUUGCUACCUUCCCAGCUGAAGGUGUAAAGCAUGUGUUCUCUUUGCAUGACACUGCAUGUUUAUUCACAGCCCUGUGAGAUCCACUGCAGUGCAUUUUCAUUUUGUGCAUUGUUCUCUGUGGCUGGUGAUGCCAUGGCUUUGUGCUGAGUUUUUAAGAGUGUGAGCCGUGCUGGUGUUGUGAUUCACAGGGGGCCUGCUCUCAACCUGAUCUGGAUAAAGCUCAAGGGCUCUUUCUCCCUCUUCACACACACCCACACAGACGGGUGCAUUAAAAGAUAUGGAGUUUGUGUAACCAAAAGACUGAAAAAAACUAUGCAAGAUUCAGCUAAUUCCCUGACAAUGGAUGGAUAUUCCAGUAACGUGCCAGCAUUCCUAACUAAACUGUGGACACUGGUGGAAGAUCCUGAAACAAACCAUCUCAUCUGCUGGAGUACUAAUGGAACCAGCUUCCAUGUUUUUGAACAAGGACGGUUUGCCAAAGAGGUGCUGCCUAAAUAUUUCAAACACAACAAUAUGGCCAGUUUUGUCCGACAGCUGAACAUGUAUGGCUUCAGGAAAGUGGUAAAUAUUGAGCAGGGUGGCCUUGUCAAGCCUGAACGUGAUGACACGGAGUUCCAGCACCUUUAUUUCCUACAAGGUCAUGAACACCUCUUGGAACACAUCAAAAGGAAGGUCUCAGUUGUAAAAAGUGAGGAAACUAAGAUGCGCCAAGAGGAUCUCAGCAGAUUGUUGUAUGAGGUCCAGAUCCUGAGAAGUCAACAGGAGAACAUGGAAUGUCAAGUGCAGGAUAUGAAGCAACAGAAUGAAGUCCUGUGGCGGGAAGCUGUAUCCCUCAGGCAGAAUCAUUCACAGCAACAGAAAGUGAUCAACAAGCUGAUUCAGUUUCUGUUUGGCCAGCUCCAAUCAAACCCCAGCAGUGCGGGAAUAAAGAGAAAAUUACCUCUGAUACUAGAUGAUGGCAGCUCAGCUCCCCAGGUGUCCAAGUUUAGUCGGCACCUGUCUGUGGAUCUUCUUCAUGACUCCUAUUUCAUUCAGUCGCCAUCUACAGAACCUGUCUCUUGUUUAAACAGUCCCACUAUUGCUGGAGGGCCUAUUAUAUCUGAUGUUACUGAAACAUCACCACCUAAUAUAGCGACAAUGCAGUCUUCUGCAGAUGAUAACAGGGAAAAGUGCCUUAUGCUGAUAAAGGAAGAACCGGUUAGUCCUGGAGUGAAAGCCACAUCUGAGCCAGAUGCCCCCCUGAGUGGCUGCAGUGUCUGUGCUGAACCCCCGGUGUUACCAGUGGCAAUGGUUCAGUCUGUUCUAGAAGGCAAAGGGAGCUGUGGUGCACCACAGCCUGCGAAUUCACAGCCACCAGAAAAAAGAGGCAGAAGAGCACCUCUGGACAGAGCAGAGACUUCUGACCCCCUGGAGGGCACUGAUUUGAGCUUGGAAGGCCUCCAACUAUUCCUGAGAAGCCAGCAGUACAAUCUGGAGCCUGCUGGCAUCCUGGAUGUAUUUAAUCCAAAUUUGUCUGUGAGUGAUUGGAAUAUGACUGACGUGGAGGCCAACCUGUCACCGAUUCAGCAACUCACAGUGCAACUGGAGAAGAAUGCAAAUGAGCUGUCUUCAAAAGCAUUAUAUCCUUUGUUUAUGCCACUUUGCCUGGGGAAAGAUGUAGGUCUUGAAAGCACCCAGCAGCUUCUCACUGAUCAUCCAACAGGCUUUGGAAACGACACCAUAAGCCUACCUGAAAGUUCUGUUCCAUCUGAAAAUAUGUCUUCCUUUCUCUUUUCUGUGCAUCUUGAAGGAGCUAUUCCAUUGAACCUCAGAUCUCUGACUGAAUGUACUGAGUGAUUUAGCUUUUUCAAGAAAGUAGUGCUUCCUGCCUUCCCCAACAAAAGAUUUACAAGUUUGAAUGUAAAGAAACAAAAGUGACUCAGAAACCCAUGGAAGAGUUAUCCUGGCUGUUUCUUUUUGAACUGAUGGGAUAGUCCGUCAGCUUAGUUGCUAGCAAUGCCCAUACUGCACCUGUUCUCCAGUGUUUGCCCAGUGCAAAAUUUACAAGGUGUUGUUGUCUUCCAAAAAACAAAAUUCAACCUUUUCUCUCUCAUGUAAGGAGCAAGUUUGUUAUUUUCUUUAUCCACAAAAGCAAUUAAUUCUGUUUAAGCAUUCACAUGGUUAAUUCCUCUGGGAAAAGCUUUUAAGAAUCAAACAGUGGAGUAGAUGGCAAGGUUGUGUCAUGUCUGUUAAAACAUAAAUGAGUUUUAUGAACUCACCAUGGUGUUCACUAAAGGAAGACCCAUGGUUUUCAAGUGGACUAGCAAGUGUAUGGAUGUGAGGGGAAUUUUGACUGCCUUACUGCAGAAAAUCAGUUGUAUGCUGGCCCACCCACUGAAAGCAUUUUCUUUUUACCAGUUUCCUUCUUUUGAUAUAAUGAGAUGUGCUCCUAUCUUUCCCUUAUCUUUCCUUUUUAAGCAGGACACCCUGAAUAUGUACAAUCUCCAGUUAGUGUCAGUCUUUGCAGGAAACAGCUUUACUGAGUAGCCUGUACUAGCCUGCAGGCAUGAUUCUCAUAGGAAUGAAAUAAUAUCACACCCACCUCACCCCCUUCCAGUCCAAGCACAUGGCAUGUGACUUCAACCUGCCUUCUCUGAGAAAGACUCAGAGCAGCACCAAACCAACACACUCCACUACACAUACAAUUCUCCCCUUAGGUAAAGAUAAAAGAGAGAACAAACCACUUAACAGAUGUUAGUUAUGUCAUGUGUUGCACAUCUGGAAGGCACUCAGUUAUGAACAAUUAUCAAGGCAUUAUAAGAACUUCUAUAGAAUAUUAUAUAAAAUAGAGCAUAGGGCUAAAUAUUAUUUUCGUGGUCAGGGGUGUUUCAACAUCUCACUUACCCAUCCAGUCGAGGGAAUUUUGUCUUGGCAUCGACAAGGAGGUUGUUCUAAUCCCCUUAAUACAAUGUAGCCAGCUUGUCAUCUCAUUCACAUGCACAAAUGAGGUUACUCAAGUUUUUUAAUGGGACCUGAAGUUCCUUUCAGCACAGAUCCCAGCACUGGGUAGGGAAAGGGCUGAAAUGUAUGGUCCACUCUGUCCGCUAGCUUUUCUUCUGUCUUUUCUGCCUACUUGGUCAGCCUUUCGUUUGUCUCCUCUUCCAUGUGGUUUCUGAAGACUAUGUUUCUCAACAAAGCAGAGCUUUGUUUUUUAUGCUGUAGUUCUAGCAUUAUAUCAAGGUUUAGUAAGGAGAACCUUAGAUUGACUGUGUACUAUUUAUUUCAAUAUUUCUAAAUAAGUUAUUUCCUUGGAAAAAUUACUGGCUCAGAUACAUGGCAGCCAACCCAAGCAAGCUGAGGGUGAAAUUCCUAGCUAAAACAGAAACUGGGUAUAUAAGCCAGAACAGUGUUAAUGGAAAGGAGCACCUUAUCCACUCACACUGCUGUGACGAGUCAUGGUAUUUAACUAUAUUUAUGAGCAUCUUGAGUGGUCAAGUGACAUCUAUCCCAGACAAAGCUGUCAUUCAUUUUAAGCUGGUCUGCAGUAAAUUCUGUUUAAUGGGGAAAAAUACCCCAUGUAAAUGGACUACCUCCUCAGGGCAUUUUUUCCAUCCCCUUGUCAAUAAAUGAAAACCUGUAAAAGUUCAGAAACAUUGUGCUUGUCAGCAAAUUUUGUCCCGUUUGACUAAUAACAAAUGGGUGCAACUAUUUUAAGUUUUGUUAGGUUACGCCAUCACUACCAGACAUGGUAUAGUCCUUUCAGAACUGAUAGUGUAGCAGCAUUUUCAUGAAAUUACAAUCAGUGUCUUUAUGCUCAGGACUACAAGAAACCCAUGGCUGCCCCACAAAGAGUGGUGUUUAGAAAAUACAUUGGGGUAGCUUCUUAGACCACAUAUCCCCUUUUGAUACUUGUGUCCUUAGAAAAUUGUCCUUCAAUGAUCACACUCGCUACUGUAACUUGUGUUUUUUUGGCAAUGUAUUGACCUUUAUUUAUUUGAUUUUUUUCUGUUUACUUAUUAUCUCCGAUUAGAAACCUGAAGAUUGUCUGGAGGCUUAUUCCACCUGACAGACGUAUGUUAUCUUUAUCCAAAACCCAUGUAUUUCUAUGGCACCUGACAUACUAGAGUGCUAUAUCAGUGAGCUAUUUCAGCACAUGCUUUAAGUCUAUGACAAGUCCCCCUGACUUUGCUGGGACUAUCACAUGUUUAAAUUAUCCAUGUGCUUAAGUGCUUUGUUGAAUCAGGACCUAACUAUGGUUAGAAAAUGAACUUGAAUGGGAUAGCUACAUGCAAACAGACAUUUACUUGAUCCAACCCAAAAGGAUGCAUGAAUCCAAACUAACUCCUUUAUAAAGAAUUUUUAGAUUCUGGUUUCUCAUAUUACCAAUCGGUAUUCUGUGCUUACCAUCAGCAGCUACUUUGGGGUGAUUCUGUCCUUUUUUUUUAGACCAUUUGCUCUACAAUAAACAUUAGAUUGGAAAUUCAUGGUAAGAGAGGAACCCAUAGGAACAACGUUAUGAACUCCUGUCAUGAGGAAGCGUGGUUGUAUUUCUUGGCUUUUUACACUUUGUUAACUUUACUUGAAGUUAAUGAGCUGACACUGCCUUUUGCACUAUGCUGUACAUUUGUAAAGUUUUACAGAGAACUCAAAAUAAAAAUGUUGCCUUUUUCUCAUUUAAUCAUGCUUAGCCCCUCUUUCUUUCCACUCCAUGCCUAGGCGUUGACUUUUCUUUUUGCUGGGGGGUCCUAAGAUGAUGAACCUGUGGAAAGUUUUAUGCAUUUCAGGUGACUGCCCUCUUCCAGAGGGGGCCAGGGCCCUUGGGCCCCCAUGCACCUGUAAGGUUUGACCUCAAAACUACUACGUAAAGCCUAAGCAAAAGUGAAUGUUAUGUGUCGAAUGCCCAUCUGCAAUGAUAAGGAGCAGACAGUCUUAGAUAGAGGAAGCUUGAAAACAAAAAACAGAAUCAGAGUUACUGGAACAAAGAGCUCAUUAUAAUACUAAAAAUCACACCCCGAGGCGGGGAAGAUAUAUGUUAAUGAAACAUAUAUGUAUGUUAAUGAGAUACAUAGCUAAAACACAGGUAUAGAGACAUGCUCAGUAAAGAACUCCUUGCGUCACUCCUUUAUAACCAAUUAGCAAACAAGGAUGCUUAUGAAGAUUCAACCUCUUGUAUAUAAGGGGCUCAGUAUUGAAUAUGUGUGUGCUUGUCUUGUGAAAUUAUUCCGCUUGCACCUUUUAUUGCUAGCAAUAAAUCUUUUUUAUACUUUCA